CUCGCUCGCCGAUUGAGGUGGGUGCCGCGAGUCGAAUGCUCGUCGUUUGCUUGGCCUUCGCGCCUCGGCAGCCACCUGGCCUCGCCGGUCGUGCAUGGCUGCCAGCACACCGCGCGCGGCCAACGCGCCCGCCGCUCCUCGGCGAUGCUCCCGAGGAGGACGGCGCCGAGACCUUGGUGACCGUGGCAGCUGCUGAACCACGACCAUCGGGCGAGCGAGAGCAGCCGAAGGGCAUGCUCUGGGGUCGGAUCCGCCGCCGCUUCCGCCGACAGCCAGUACAUGAGCGCCGGGCGGCGAGAAGUAGCGAGGAGGCUGACAUUGUCGAGGCCAAGGCGCUUGAGGCUGCAGCUGCGCCGGCCGAGGAGGGGAUGGAGGAGGGUGGGAGAGUGGAGUCGCAGCGUGAUUUAUGCGCUUCCGACGCCGGGGCCGAUCAUGACACCGUGGAGAUCAACGUGCGCGGCAGGGAUAACGCGGCGGGAGGAAGUAGUGGUGGCGGCGGCGGCGGCGGCGGCGGCGGCCUGUCGCUUGUUGAGGACAUAGCAGAGGAGGUACAGGCGGCGAUCGACGAGAGGCGGUCGCGGCUCAACUCGCGGCUCACGUCGUCGCUCCGCACGUUUCGCGACGAGGUCCUCGACGAAGUUGAGACGCAGGCGGACCAGGCGCGCCAGAGAAAGGACAAGUACUCGCGGCGGCGCGAGGAGAUCCUCGACUCGCUCGGCGAGCUGCGGGAAGACAUCCUCUCCGACAUUGAGGUGACCAUCUCGGGCGUCGUGGCGGGCGGCCGCCGCGUCGAGCGCGGCUUGCGCGAGCUGCGGUCCGAGUGGGAGGAGGAGGUGGACGCGCUGAUUGCGGACGCACGCGCUGACGUGGAGCUGGCGGUGCGGGACGUCGAGGACGCAAUCGAGGCGCAGCGGAGCGAGGUGAGGCGCGCGACGGAGACGUUCAACGCGCAGUGGAUCGGGCAAGGGCGGGGCGAGGGGCGGCGCGGCGGAGGGGCGAACGUGACCGCCUUCAACCUGACGGCGUGGGCGGCCCGCGGCGGCGGCGGAGGGCUCGCAAAGUACCUCGCGGAGACGCAGGACAACAUCCGGUCCAUCGAGGAGGACCUCGAGGCUGAUUUGAGCGACUUCAAGGCGCGCUGGGCCGUCACCGCCGCGCGGCUCGAGUACUUGCCGCAGGAGCUGCCCAAGCUGCGCACGCUCGCGAGCGUGCGGGCCUACGUCGCCGACACGAUCUUCGAGGGAGGGACGCUGCCUCUCGUGCGCAGGGCCCGCCGGCGCGCGUCCUCACCCUCUGGCGAGAGCGACCAGCCGACCAAGGCCCCGGCCAAGGACUACGCGAAGCUCAAGGACCCGCUCGGAGUGCGGCUCGCCGCGGCACAAGGCGACGUGCUCCGGCCGACGCCAGACUCGGACUUGCGCUCCGGCGGGCGGCGGCUGGCUAUCCUGACCACGGCGGCGCUCCCUUGGAUGACUGGCACGGCGGUCAACCCGCUCCUGCGGGCCGCCUACCUGGCGGCCAAGGGCUACCCGGUGACGCUCUACGUGCCGUGGCUGCCAAAGCAGGACCAGCUGCUGCUCUUCCCGCGCGGCCUCGCCUUCGACAAGCCGGCGCAGCAGGAGGCGUACUCGAGGUGGUGGCUCUCGAACCGGGCAAACGUCGAGCCGCCGCCGUCGCUGCGCAUACGCUGGUACCCCGCAAACUACGAGCCGGGGAUCGGCGGCAUCAUCCAAAGCGGCAAGAUCGACCUCGCGGCUCUGGUGCCGCCCGAGGAGCGGGACGUCGCCAUCCUCGAGGAGCCGGAGCACCUCAACUGGUACCACCACGGCUCCCGCUGGCCGGAGCUCUACCGGCACGUCGUCGGCGUCGCGCACACAAACUACCUGCAGUACAGCCGGCUGCAGUACCCGGGCCUCGAGGGCCAGCUCAAGGAGAGGUGGAUGGAGCUCCUCAACGCGGUGGUCUGCGCCGCCUACACGGACGUGGUCGUCAAGCUCUCCCCGACCCUCGUCGACGUGCCCGGCCACAACCUCGUCUGCAACGUCCACGGCGUGCGAGGCGAGUUCCUUGCCGUCGGCGCGCAGGCGGCGCGCAACGCCGGCAGCUUCUUCGACCGCGGCGCCUACUUCCUCGGCAAGGCCCUCUGGACGAAGGGCUACCGCGAGCUUCUCGACGCGCUCGCCGCGCACGGCCCGGCCGGCGGCGACGCGCCCCUGCCCCCGCUGCACACGUUCGGCUCGGGCCCCGACGAGGCUGCGAUCCGGUCCGAGGUGGAGCGGCUCGGCGUCGACGUGGUGACGCACGAGGGCAUCGACCACGCCCACCCGUCGAUGCACGGCUACUCGCUCUUCGUCAACCCGUCGACGUCGGACGUGCUCUGCACCGCCACCGCCGAGGCGCUCGCCAUGGGCAAGAAGGUGCUCAUCCCGGACCACCCGUCCAACCUCUUCUUCAAGCAGUUCUCAAACGCCAUCCUCUACGACGACCCGGCGCAGCUCGGCUCCCUCAUCAGCGAGGCGCUCGCGACUCCACCCGCCGCGAUGACCAAGAUGGAGCAGUACGCCCUCUCGUGGGAGGCGGCGACAGAGCGCCUCCUCGACGCGGCGGCGCUGCCCGCCGGCACGCGCAGACCAAAGGAGCGGCCGCUGCACUCGCUCGCCUAUGGCGUGCACUACACGAUGGGCACGCAGCCGCUCUGCGACGUGCUCCGCGUCGCCAGCGGCGUGCGUCCCGUCUUCUCGGUUGAGGAGCGGCUCAGGGCGGCCGUUGGGCUCGCCACCGGAGAUCGGGGCGACAGCGACGGGGAGAAGGGCGUCGUCGAGGUCGGCAGCAGCGGCGGUGGCGGUGGUGGCGGCGGCGGCAGCAGCAGUAGCGUUGGCGAGACAUUCGGCGGCGAGAGCGGCAGGAGUCGCGGGGAGCAGCAACCCUCAGCAGACGGCUCCACUGACGGCGCGAACAGGUGGAGAGCGCGCUAGUCCGCGGGAUGGAUGGGGACAAAGCAUGUGCCCGAGGGUGGAAGACACGCGACACGUCCAGCCGUCCACCCGUCCCCCCCCACAUUUUAAGGUGAGUACCUGUUGUGUUACCCGUCAUGUGCCGCGUCUUGGCCACGCGUGCGUUGUAGCGUUACGCUUCCGUCUACUUGUUUAGAGAGCCGUGUCUUCUGA